AUGCAUCUACCACCACCACCCAACUCUCGAGAUCUGCUCCCGCCGCUGCUCGCCUGCCUGCCAACAGCCUUCGUCUCGCCUCGACCACCGCCUGCCCUCCUACCACUACUUUCACCACUCUUAAGACAGAGGGUCAACUUCUUGGCUGGCAACGCUCCGAGAAGCGAUGGCUGGCUGCCUUUACUCUCCUGGGACGCUGAGCGAGCGGAGAAGCUACCGCCGGUGAUUGAACGAAUGCAACUCGAGCCACAUCCUGUUUCUGGCGAGGUUGAGCUCGACGACACGAGGCCCGCAAAGUACAGGAGGUUGGAUGAGGAGACGCUACAGUCCAGGAUAGAGGUGGAGCAGUUUGAACUCCUGCCCAUCUUCGUAUGGUGCGAGACAGACGAGCAUGGAGGUACGGGAGCAGGCUGGAAGCUGUCAGAGCUGCAGAGCCUGGAAGACUUGGACGAUGACACUGAGUGGUUCGACACCAUACUCGAAGCCACGGACGCUGCAAGCGCGAGAGCUGCGCCACAAGUACGCCAGGAUAGCGGACAGAACCAGCAAGAGCCCAGCCAGCCCAAAGACGCAGAAGAAGACGACGACUACUGGGCCUCCUAUGACCGCACACCAAGCCGGACGCCCGCUCCACAGCAGGCAGCAGCCCCAGCAGCCCCUCCAACCGCACAAGCAGCAGCAGGACGGCAGCGCACACAAUCCGAGCUCGACUACUACGCCCGCUAUGGCGCCGAAGUGCAACCCGCCAUGGACGCCUACGACCCCGAUGAAGAACACCCGGAGCUCGGCGAGAGCUCACUCAACGGCAGCGCCCUCCCACAUUCCCAAUCCCAACAAACAGACGGUCGCACCUCCCGACCAAACGGCACAAGCCUCUUCCCCGCCUCUUCACCACCCGAACAACGCGUCUCAGCCCCUGAACCCAUCUCGCCCAUCUCCUCCAGCACCAGUAGCAUAGAACGCCUGGAGACCAAAGCAGCGGAGAUGAGCGAACUCUCCUCUCAACGCGGUAGCGUGAGCAGAGGAUCCGAUCGCGCACAGAUGGCCGUGAAGCAACACAUCAGUACAGAUAUCAAAAGUCUUUUCCGGUUGGCGAAAAGUUCUGGCAUGGAGCGCAAGGAGUUUGAGCGGAUUGUCAAGACCGAGCUCGACUGCUUGAGCAUGAUGGAGCAGGAUGAGUGA